AUGGCCCUGUCCUUUUCUUUACUGCUGGCCGUGGUGGUGCUCAGCUACAACUCCAUCUGCUCUCUGGGCUGUGAUCUGCCUCAGACCCACAGCCUGGGUAAUAGGAGGGCCUUGAUACUUCUGGCACAAAUGAGAAGAAUCUCUCCUUUCUCCUGCCUGAAGGACAGACAUGACUUUGGAUUCCCCCAGGAGGAGUUUGACGAUAACCAGUUCCAGAAGGCUCAAGCUAUCUCUGUCCUCCAUGAGAUGAUCCAGCAGACCUUCAACCUCUUCAGCACAAAGGACUCAUCUGCUGCUUGGGAACAGAGCCUCCUAGAAAAAAUUUCCACUGAACUUUACCAGCAAUUAAAUGACCUGGAAGCCUGUGUGAUACAGGAGGUUGGGGUGGAAGAGACUCCCCUGAUGAAUGAGGACUCCAUCCUGGCUGUGAGGAAAUACUUCCAAAGAAUCACUCUUUAUCUCACAGAGAAGAAAUACAGCCCUUGUGCCUGGGAGGUUGUCAGAGCAGAAAUCAUGAGAUUCCUCUCUUAUUCAACAAACUUGCAAAAAGGAUUAAGGAAGAAGGAUUGA